AUGGCCGCCGUCUCCCGCCUCAAUCCCGUCGCCUCGCCUUUCUUUCCGAUGACACUCCUUCCGGCGGGCUGCUACCUCUCUCCUACCCCUGCUGCCUCUAUGCCCAGUGCCGAUUUCUUCGCCUCGCACUUCUUGUACCCACAGCCUCCACAUCCGCCAGCGUACGGGUGGCCUGUUGCUUGCGGCAACAGCUGGUUCCCCAGUGGAGGGUUCACGGUGGGGGUUCCCGCGUUCCCGCUGCAGGCAGCAUACGGGCACCCCCUGCAGCCGCCGCCAGUGACGGUGUACUGCUGCACGCCUCCGCCUCCGCCCCCGCCGCCACAGCCAGCAGCUCCUCGGUGCCGCAUCACCGAAAUCUUUGAGGAUGGAGGCGAGGCGGCCGUGAAGCUAGAGUUGCGUGACGAGCCAUCCCCGCGCUCCGUCCUUGCUACUUGGAGCAGGGAGCCCAACUCACCGCGAGAGCGGCGUAUGCCUCCCCCGCCGCCUACAUCUUUCGUCCGCAAAUUGCUCCCUCGCCCUCGCCGGUGGCCGCUCCUCGCCUUCAAUCCCAGCGACAACUUCACGAGUCUGAUGAUUCGUAAUAUUCCCAACAAAUUCAUGAAGAAGGGAUUCAUGGCUAUCCUCGACCAGCACUGCGCCGAGGAGAAUGCCAAGCUCGGCGGCGACAGCGAAGCCGUCAAGUCGGAGUACGACUUCCUUUACGUCCCGAUCGACUUCGAGACGAGGUACAACAAGGGCUACGCCUUCGUCAACAUGACGACGGCGGUGGCGGCGCGGCGCCUCCACGCGUACCUCGAUGGCCGCCGCUGGGAGGUGGCGUGCUCGAAGAAGGUGUGUGACGUGGUGCACGCGCGCGUCGAGGGGCUGGACUCGCUCGUGGCGCACUUCUCCGGGUCGCGCUUCCCUUGCGGCGGCCAGAAGGAGUUCCUGCCGGUGCGCUUCGUGCCGCCCCGGGACGGCGUCCGCAAGACGGCGGAGCACGUGGUCGGCCGCCUCCUCCCCCGCCGCCACGGCUGA